AUGGCUUAUUAUCAACAUGGUAUAGUUACUCUAGCAUCAGAUAAAUUUUGUUCAUGGUGGACUUGGUGGGAAUAUGCAAUAAAUGGUUUAUUAUUAUUUGUCAUGGCUUGGGGUUCAAUUGAACGACAUUUACUUAUUUUUAAUAGAACAAUGAUGGAUACAAAAAGAAAACGAUUCUUUUUUCAUGUAUUACCUAUGAUAUUAAUUUGUCUUUAUCCUUUAAUAUUUUAUUUUAUUACUGUCAUAUUGAAUACAUGCAAAAAUCAAUGGAAUUAUAAUGCAGUUUUUUGUGAAUUACCAUGCUAUUUAACGGAUCAACAAGUUCUAGCAACUUACGAUUUUAUAGCAAAUGUUGUAUUUCCUGUUUCUGCAAUUGCUAUAGCUAAUAUAAGUUUAAUAUUUCGAAUAGUACGACACAAACGACGUCAUCAGAUAGCAUGGCGUCGACAAUAUAAAUUAACUAGACAACUUGUGUCUAUCGCAGUCAUAUACACAGUAUUUUGGUUUCCAUUAACAUUCAAUGGACUUAUUAUAACUUUUACAUCUUCAGCAAUAUUACAAAGUAUACAAGUGGAUUAUUUCUUUUUUUUACUUCAUAUGGUACCAUCGUUAUUGCCAUUUAUUUCAUUGGCUUGUUUAUCAAAUUUUAUGAAAACUAUUUUAAAGAAACCACGAACAACCAUUGUACCGUUAGCUCAAUAA